AUGUUCCACGCUCGGCCAAAUCACAUCCGUCCGUCUGAAGUCUCGGCCAAAGUCCAAAACCGUCGGCCGAUCACGCAUCACGACCCGGGAAACAUGUCCCGCGGUCGGCCACGCCACAACCGCUCACGCCAACCGCGCACGACCGCCGCGCGAGCCGGGAAACAAGCCUCGCGGCCGCGCAACCUUCUCGCGUACCACGGCCGAUGCGUCCGAGCCGGGAACUACGUCCCGCGUCCGGCCGAGAAUUCAUCGGCCAAAUCUUCAUCCGUCCGACCACACGGCCGACCACGAAUCCGUCCGGCCACGACCGUUCCGAUCGUACGGCCCAUGACCCGAUCAUCCGGCCGAUCGUCCCGACCGACCGUCCCAACGCCGCGGUCGACCCGAAGCCCGUUUCCCACAUAUUUUCAAGCCCGGCUUAACCCUAAGCCGCCUCUAAAGACCUAG